CUUAACCGUCACCUAGCCCUGAAGUAAUUUGAUCCUCAAGGCCUUAGUGCCGCCCACUUCAAUACCUAGCCAAUUCCCUCCUGUAAGGCCUUCUGGAGACAAACCCACCAACAGGAAAAGGAAACUGCUAGAGAAAGGGCGGGCCUACAGAGCCAGGGUAGCAGCAGCCAUCCUUCUGACGGUGCGGGUGCGAUUGUUCUAGAGUCUUUACCAUGAGCCACAAUUCCCAAGCCUUCUUGACCCCCAAUGCCGGACUUCCUCCAAGCUAUGAGACAAUCAAAGAGGAGUAUGGGGUGACUGAGCUGGGGGAACCCCACAACUCGGCUGUCGUGAGAACCACUGUGAUUAACAUGCCCAGAGAGGUGUCUGUGCCCGACCAUGUGGUCUGGUCCCUCUUCAACGCUCUCUUCAUGAACUUCUGCUGCCUGGGUUUCAUCGCCUAUGCCUACUCUGUGAAGUCCAGGGACAGGAAGAUGGUGGGCGAUGUGGUUGGAGCCCAGGCCUACGCCUCCACUGCCAAGUGCCUGAACAUCAGCUCCCUGAUCUUCAGCGUCCUGAUGGUCAUUGUCUGCAUCAUUAUUGUCUCCACCACCUCUGUGGCAGUCAUUCAAGCCUUUUCACAAAGGGUACCGCACUCUGGAUUCUAAUCCUGCCCCGUGCUCCGCUGUCCACAUCUGGCCCUCUCCCUAGCUUGAGGCCUCAAGCCUUGACCCUAUGCGUUUGCAAAUGUUACCCUCACAUAUCUGUCCACUGUGGAUUCAAUAAAGUAAACAUGGUGGC